AUGUCCAAGCGGCCCCGGCGAAGUCGGACACCACGAGAACCGAACGAGGAAGAGAAGAAUAUUAUUAUUUCAGUCAGACAUUGUGCUCGAGAAUUGGAUGAUAUUCUUCAAGGAGCACGUCGUAAAGCCGAGUCAAAUGCAAGGGUGUUUGCAGAGUCCGCUGCGUCAACCUUAUUUCGCGGCCUCGAAUCCUAUGCGGACAUGUAUGAAAAGUUGAAGCUAAAAUCCAGGGAGGCACUUAACCGCCUCUUCCAACGUGCACACGACUUAGACGACGUGUUAGAUGCGCAGGACGCAAUUGAGGAAACUGAAGGCUGUUGGCGCAACUUCCUUUCAAACGUUGACAGGGAAAUUGAACAGUCCACUCCUGUCGACGAUAAGACGAAGACACAUGAACCUAAAGAUUUGGGAGAUUACAUAGACCUCGCCCAUCCUGUCCUUGUUGACUGCCAAUCAAAUAACGUGUGCACACUCGAGACCAUUUUAUCCAACCAUCCCAGUCUUCUUCUGAUAUUUCAACCUGCCUAUCUCCCUGACACCGCUGUUCGGUGGCGUUUUUCAGAAAUAUCGAAAAUUGCGGUAAGUUAUACCCUCGAAGAAGAGUAUAAGUGCCACUUAUUCUUCUUUCUUUAGCUUACAUGAGACAACAUUGUAAGGCGUUGGCAUUUUGCUUGAAAAGAAACUAAGGUGAACCAACUUUAGUCGUUUUUAUUUUAAUUGUAUUGUAACUUUAAAAACGCCUGGCAGUUGGCGCGUGUCAUUAUUGGUUAUCUGUUUAUUUUGCUGUCAUUUGUUUUUCUGCCGAAAUUCCUUCUGAGGCUUGACUCUAACCACAGUUCAGUGGUCACAAUGCGGAUCUAAACUGGUAGUUUGCACUGAACGUGGCCCAUUAUCAAACAUUAUAGAGGAGAGAAAAUUCUGGCGAGAUAUGCAUCAAAAAGUGAAGUUGACCACUUGGAACCCAGUUUGCAACAGGCCGAUGAGUUAAUGGCAAUCUCAGUCCUACAGGCGCGAAUAUGGGUUAAUGGUGCUGAGUUUGUUGGAAUCCUCACACCUAGCACUCGGUUACUGAUUUGGAUUAUGCACGCUUUAAGGAAGUUGAUUUGGCCUUUGCAUUCCAGAGUGCGAGGCCUCUUGAACCACUCACAGGGUAAGCUCAAUUUCCGGCGAAUCUGAUGUCCACGCCCCAGUGGUAGUGAGAAUGCGCUUCCCAGGUGGGAUGCCAAAAGAAAAACAGUGUUGGCUGGGAGGAGUUUAUGCUUGUUCUGACGUGUUGUCAUGGACUUCCCCCGGCUGCACCCCCACGUUGAAAUAAACGAAAGUCCAGUGGCCCGUUUGCACCACUGCCCUGUGACUUUCGAAUAAGGCAAAAGCAAUACCCGUUAUAACCGCGGCCAACAUAUAUCGCCUAGUUAAACCCUUUAAUAUUGCCGCUGCUACCCUUCCAUUGUGGAUUUUAAGUGUGCGCCUGCCGGGACCUAUUGUGUCUCUUCGCGCCGACUAAUACUAUUCUACCGAAACUUGCACUACUCGUCCGGGCCUACUGCCAUAGAAGAAUAGGUUAACAGGGCUUGGUAAAAAAGGGACUAGUUCGGCAUUAUUAUCGACAUCCAUUAGAUCCUGCCGUUUCACCGCCACCGUCUAAUGUGCCACCGUGCACUAUUUAGCACGCCUUUAUUUGACAGAUUGCUCCGGCAUCACUAGACGUCGUGGUCUAGGCAUUCCCAGUCUGCACGUUGCGUUGCUGACGUACUCCUUGGCUGUGUUGCAUGCUUCGUCUCACAUAAUGGCAUUCUCCGCUAAUAAUUCCCAGAGGCCACUACUUGAUCAAGGUAGACGGCAAAGUUCCCCGAUUUUUUUUGUUUGGCUCUCUGGGAAUUGGGCCAAAUAAAGUUAUGGACUGCCCUAAAAUCUUCUGUACGCGGUUUUCACUUGCCUAUUCCAUUAACAUAGCCGUGUCCCGUACCGACAUUAGGGCAAAUUUGUCCAUGACGUUAUUUCUCCUAAUCCUGUUGUAGCUUUCCAUCACGUCAACAUUUGUAGAGUGACGAUCUGCAAGACACCGGUUCAAGCAAAUAGAUUAGUAUGCCCGGCUAAGGGAGAUAUAAGACACACCAAUGCCUGGAUGUACUUUUAUUUUAAAAGGUCGAUUCCUAAGCUUCUCUGUUUUGCUUCUCGGUUCACCUUUAUAGGCCGAUUUUCACAAUUUCAACGUGGGCUUCGCUGUAAUAACUUGGGGUCCUGAGGAAGUAGUUCGGGCCUGGAGCAAGCACCUCGCGAAACAUAUCAGCAAACCAAUUCUAUGGGACCGUGAACAGUUUUUCUGCUCUCUUCUGGACUUCAACUACGGCUGUUCCGCGGUAAGGAACCUAUUACAAGCUAUACUUUUUUCCCGUUUCAACUUUUGGAUAGGGGAUGCGCGCAUUAUUUUUGCUCUACGUUACUUACAGUAGGGAGAUGCUGACUAAAAUCUCUUAAUAUGUUUUGAAGUUGAGGACAUGACUUACUCUAAGUUGGAGUCUCUAAGAAACCUAGAAUAUACUACCCAAUUCAUUUAUACAUAUUUGCAUUCUAAAUUUCAACCGAAAUUCGUUCUGGUUAUCUGUGUGAAUUGUGGUCGGAAGAAGAAAACUUAAAUGGAUGUUUCUAGCUCUAUUUUGCAAAAAGUGGUUCUUGGUUCUUCAACGUUUAGCAGGAACCUGCGUCAUUUCGAAAUAUACUUUACGAGAGUACGGAAUAUCUUGAUGUUAAGUAGUAAGUAGUUCGCAGCCACUUCUUCACACGAAAAUGGUUUCAUACCUCUUUUACAGUACCUAUGAAAAGACCUGACGUUUUUAAGGUAUUGAACUCCAUCUGGAUCAUGUUCGCAGUUUGCAAGCAGCACCAGUCAACCUAAGGAUAUUAGGUCACUAAUAUUCAUGUGAAAGCCUCGUAAUUACAGUUUUUUAAAAGAACGUAAAUCGCCUCCCUCUCGAGGAACCGCGCUUCCCUGAGACCUCCACGACCUCUUCUAAAAUUUACGUUUGGUAGCAGCUUUCAGUGCGGUUCCCAGGUGGAAGCCCCAUCUUUCUGUUACUGAAGUGGAGAAUGCACUCAGUCUACAUAGUAAUCAGUUGGAGUGAUUCUAAACCAAGUCUUUUGUAACUCAACUUUUUGUGCUAUAUGAUGAGUAGUGUUACAAUCGAAGGCACUUCAGUGUUUUGUGAACUUCGGCGUUCACACGGAGCUGCGAAGUUGAAUUCCCCCCAGCCGACGGUCAGAGCUACUCGCACAAACCGACCUCUUAUUCUAAUACAAAUUUUCGAAAUCUUUAUGACAGGAUGCCCGUUUUGACUUAUUCAGCUUCAUUACGUCAUAAGCCAUAAAAACCACCCAAUCAUCACUAUCCUGUCAUCCGUACAUACUCAAACUUAUCGACCCAUUCCUCGUCUCAAUUUUUCUGCCUUCCAAAUUCGCUUUGAAAGAGACCUCUCAAGAUUGUAUCUCCAUUCCCAUUUCCAGUUGUGGGCCGCUGAAAUGCUCGAUUUCUGCGGCUGCCAGCGGUCAAUAUUCAAGCGCUCCGUGGAGCCGCCGCCUCCUGAACUGAAUUGGCUGACCUGGAAGUGGGUUGGAGGCGAGGUGUUUGUCGCCUCACCCAGAGUUAGCCGACUCAUCUACAAGAAGGAACUUAAAGCGGCCGCGGCCUCUUCAGAGGGUAAAAAUGAGGACAGUAGCAGCAGCAAGCCUCGUCCAAAACUGCCUGAAAGCAGUUCCAGCGCGCGCAUUUGUUUGCUGCAUCGUGCGUCUAACAUUGCGGACGUCGCGCCUUCCGGCAGCGUCUACCAGGCCGCACUCACCUGCCAUGCUGCAUCUCUCAGCAUGACCGAAGCUGAAGUGAUGGACGAGAUCCGCAUGCGUCGACGACUCGCCACUCCACCCGAGUCUGCCCGACUGCAGUAUGAAGCUCCAACCGGCAUGUACUACGACCCUGAAACGGAACUGCACUACGACGCAAAGACCGGCUACUUCUACGAUGCCGGCAGGUCGAUGUACUACUAUUGGUCAAAGGAGCAACACCGCUACGUACCGGCUAAUGACUUGGUGCAGUCGCAAUUCAUCGCCGCACAGAACGCCCAGAUAGCGGCAAUGCAGGCGGCCGCCAUGCGUUCCGUUGUGGAACAGGAGGCGGCUCGAGCUGCGGGCGCAAAGGUCGCUGCUCAGCUGGCUGCCAUCCGGGCACAGAAGGAUGAGUACGCUUCCUACGCCUACGCGACUUGUGUGCUGCCUCAGGAACCAGAGCUAGAGGUGAGUUCGCGCCUUAAAACCGCCAGCUCGUCCAUCGAGCAGUCCCUGGGACUCGUUGGUCGGGACGGCCUAUCUGCUUCCGUCACACCGCCGCCGCCUGGUACUUCCUUAGCCUCCCACUCAGACAUAUAUCCUCCAGGUUGUCCUCCGCCGCCUGGAGUGUAAAUUUCUCCUCCCCCCUCCUUGAUCGGAAACUUAUUUUGUGCAUUCUGUAUAGUUAAUAAAUCACCAAGCACGUCAUUCUGCUUACCACCACCACCACCACCACCACCACCACCACCACCACCACCACCACCACCACCACCACCACCACCACCACCACUUAUCUCUGGUACGCCAAGGGGCAGGAUUAUUCACUACCGCACAACGUCCUACAAGUACAGCGGCUCGUCCGUCGCAAGCGAUGACUACAAUCGCUGUUUCGGAAAAAGCAGUCGAGGCUUGUGCCUCUGUUAGGCUCUAAUGAGGAAGACUUGCAUAGCUCCUCACUCGCCCCCACUCUCAACACGAGUCAUAUUUCAAUGGUGAGGCCACGUUAAGACUACUGGAAGUUGGCGUGCCAAACACGGGAUAGUCCUACGGCCAAUUCCAUUCUGACCUAACUCUCAGUCUGUUGAUAGUUUUCGAAGCCACGACUUCUUGUAAAUUUUAGGGGGAGUACGUGUAGGGCCCAGUCUUCUUCACUCCGUCUUGACACCGGCUCCUGAUGGGAUAGGAGGGGCGAGUGCGGUAGAUGCAGCGCAAGUCUACCGUCAUUCUAAACUCACUCACGCGAAAGUCGCCGUCCCCGCCCUCGGUCUGCUGUAGAGCACACGGUCGAAAUCGACGGUCGAACUUUCAUUGGCAGUCUCUCUUUCAUUAGUCCCCCAUAUUUGUGAAAAGUACGGACCAGGCCAGCCGGAUAUGAGAUUUGGCGGAUAUAUGAGGCCUCCAUCUAGUCCGUUCCACACUUAAUCGGCUCCGCGUUUAUCUUACCCAACAGCGCUAUCCGUUUCAGCAGUCUAGGAUACCCGACGCGUCGCGCGAUAGUUGUGCGCUCGGUUGGCCAUCUGACAAGGUAGGCCCCACCGAUCGGGUCUUACGUCCCCGGCGCCCGUAGAGCCUGCCUCAUGUCGACCCGUUGCUUUCUUGGUUGGUAAGGAGUUAGGUGAACCAGAUGUCAGCACAUUAUUUCUUGCCUGAAAAUGCAACGAAUUUGACCGUCUGGCAGGGAAACCUAUAUAACUUGUAGUUCGGAAGUUAGCCGUUUAUGGAAAACAAGACGUACCCUUGAUGUCUCUGGCACCACGAAGCUGAGCUUUUUGGGGGUAUUCCCUUCAGGGGGAAGGGGUGCGUCCGAGUCACACCCGUGGAGUGAAUUUAAGCUUUACGAAUAAUCUGUACUGCUAUCGCACCUCACUAAAAGGGGAUUACAUUGGCAGCCAGGGGGCGCUGAUCGGGUUGCACUGUCGCGCGUUAGGUGCAGGCUUACACCACGUCGGCUGCUGAUGUCAACUUCAUUUCCAGACGACCCGACUCGACAGGCCGCUCACACUUGGAGGGGGGAGAGGCAGUGAGGUCGAUCCAGAUUGGAUCCAGAGUUUAUUUUGUCCAGCUGAGACGAACUGACGUGCUUUAGAGUUUUCUACGACCCGCUGAAGGUCAGGGUCUGGCGGGCUUCCGUCUGAUGGAGAAGCCCGUUCGCAUUCAGGACUGGGGCUCGGCCUGCAAUACCAUGAUCUUUGCACCAUUCUAA